AUGGGGGUGCUCGGAUUUAUCGGCAGCAUCACUGGUUUUCUCGGUAUUUUGGCUGUGAAAAGGACUUCUUUUGCAGAUUUGGUGAAGCACUACAUGUUAUUUGAUUUAUCGAACUACACUUUAGUCAAUCUUUGUCAUCUAUUCUGGGCAGUGCCGUGUGCUACUUUCACACUUACAACAUCAGUUCCGUUUCUCGAUCAUAUUUUUGCAAACUUGGCCAAUGCUGCAUCCUCUCAGAAGCUCACACCAAAGGUUUUCCUUGGAAUCAAUCGUCUCUUUGCCAUCUCAUUCAACGGUCUUUACUAUCAAAGUUUUGAGCGAACAAAGAACUUCCAAUAUUUGGUUCUAUUUUUACAGCCUUUUGGGACGUUUUUAGCGUUGUUUCUUCCUAGCUGUAAUUGUAUUUACGUACCCUUUGGCGUGAAUUCAUUCAUGUUUGCCGGUGAGUGCGGGUACACGAUUCUUUACUGGUCAAUGAUCCUACCAGGCACAAUCUCUCUCCCAUUAACCGCUCUUCUAGAUGGAACGUUUUUUGUGUUGCUAUGGAGAACGAUGCGAGAUUUUCGACGUGAUAACACAAGUCAACAGAAAGCAGAGGCCACUCGAAAAGAAGUCAAAUUGGCUUUACAGAUGCUCACUAGUUUCAUCAUAAAUUUCCUCAAUUUUAUGGGUUUAUAUUGUGUGACAGGACUGCUUCCACCAAAUAGUGUUCCUCUUGUUGUCACCAGUACAUUCAGCUGGCAAUUGAGUGCCAUUUUGUUUAGUUUAUCCUAUGUACUCAUUCUGUGGGAUCCUCAACGUGUUUCAACAAAACAAAAGAUCACCGUCAUUUCAUCAAUGGCU